AUGUCGCCGUCAGAAAACCAGUUAUUCGCCAUUUCCACAACGGAACGAGUAUGUUCGGCUAUCUCUCUGGCGGCAACUGCUAUAGUUGUCGUUUCGUUCAUCUGCUCGAGUGCAUUUCGCAAGCCCAUCAACCGGCUGGUAUUCUAUGCUUCCUGGGGUAACAUAAUGGCCAAUCUGGCGACCGUUAUCUCCCAAUCUGGAAUCCGUGCAGGACUAGACAGCCCCCUGUGCCAAUUCCAGGCAUUUUUGAUGCAAUGGUUUAUGCCAGCUGACGCUCUAUGGACGCUUGCUAUGGCAUGCAACGUCUACCUGACAUUCUUCCGAAAGUAUGACUCGGAACAACUGCGACGACUAGAGUGGAAAUACUUACUUUUCUGCUAUGGGUUGCCGUUCGUCCCAGCCUUCACGUAUUUUUUUAUCCGAACCAAGGCCCGAGGGAGGGUCUACGGUUCCGCCCUAAUCUGGUGCUGGGUUGCCCCCUCUUGGGACUUUCUGCGAAUUGCAGUGUUCUACGGCCCGGUCUGGUUCGUCAUCUUCCUGACUUUUGCCAUAUAUGCACGCACAGGGGGUGUGAUCUACCAGAAACGACGACAGCUUCGUCGGGCCGGGAGUCUUGGUUCUGAGAAUCUGAAGCCCAGCUUCUCAAAGACGACGGAGGUUAGCAUCACGAGCGAGGUAUCAAGCCCAAACGAAUGCUACCGACCAACUGGUCAAAUUUUUAGCCCAAUAACUUCGAACCAUCCUCACUUAUUCAUUAACCCAUACUCAGUGACGAUUGAAGGAGGGCCUAGCGGCGCCAUUGCCCUAAAGACAGUGAAAAACGACCCUCCAAAUCCACACUUGCAGCGUCGUAUAAUGGCGGCAGAGGCAAACUCGGCGGCUUGGGCCUACACCAAAUAUGCAAUGCUGUUCUUUGUUGCCUUAAUUAUCACCUGGAUGUUUAUGCUAGGUUCCGUCGACAAUUAA